GCUAUGUGCUGACAGAUAAAACAGGCAUUUACAUGAGCUGAGAAGAACCGCGUCAUACUUUCACCUCAUCUGAGUGGAUAUUAAAGAUCAUUCACCUGUCUCAACGCAUCGGUCGAUCAUCUGCGCGUCGCGUUUUGGAGGCAGAAUGCCACGCGUUUCAAUGAGUCAUUUGGAAAACUAUCAGAGUGAAUUCGGAUCCGGAUUCCCUGAUGUAUUUGUUUGACGAGAUGCAGCUGCGCACGGUGCGUUUCUCUCACAUUACAGACGCGCAGCUUAGCGGCAGCACAGCAUUGAGCGUCGCGUUGCGCACAGUGAGCUGAGCGGCGCGGCGCGUCAGUCUGACACACUGAAGCUCUGGACGCUUCUGCUCGCGCUUCAUUUGGAUCUAGUGGAUAACAUGUUCUGAAUGGAGACGUGCUCUUUCUGAGGAUACCGCACGGAUACUUUUGGAUCUGUAAAUGUUUGGAGAUUAUCUGGGAAUUUGGCUUUUCUCCGAAGCGCUGGUCUGGAUGGGCCACAUUUAAGCUUCCCUCAAAGGAACUGAGUCUAAAAUGAAGUUAUGGGAAAUUCUAGCCACGUGUUUGUUGCUCUUGAGCGCCGUUUCCACACGUCCGAUCUUCCACAAGCAGCAGCCUUCCAAAAGAGCCGUCAUCACAGAACGCCACUAUAGGGACCCCAUCAUCGACUCCCAACCUGAAAACACUCACCUAAAACAAGCCUCCAUGGAGGAACAAUAUUAUUUAACCGGCCUUUACCCGGAGCAGUUUGAGAACAUAAUGGACUUCAUCGAAGCAACUUUUGGCCGAUUGCGGCGAUCACCGGAGUUGGAUGUUGGCUCUCAAGCGAAAAGGGACAAGGGACGACAGAAAGGAGCAACAAACAGUGAGAGAGGGGGACGGGGACGAGGAGACCGAAAGAGAGGUCGUGCACGAGGCGGCGGCCGAUGGGGAAAGGAAAGUCGAGACGACAGGGUCAAAGGUCUAGGGCGUGGUUGCCUGCUUAAAGAGAUCCACCUCAACGUGACGGAUCUGGGAUUGGGUUACAGGACCAAAGAGGAAAUGAUAUUCCGCUACUGCAGCGGCCCCUGUUACGACGCGGAAACUAACUACGACAAAAUCCUGAACAACCUGACCCAUAACAAGAAGCUGGACAAAGACACGCCCUCUCGGACUUGCUGUCGGCCGAUCGCUUUCGACGACGAUAUUUCGUUCUUGGACGACAGUUUGGAGUAUCACACACUAAAGAAACAUUCUGCAAAAAAGUGUGCCUGUGUUUGACGUGGCGAAUGGGACGGACGAAAUGCUCUCGCACGUUGAGGUGCUGAGAAACGCAGCUCUGAAGACGGAAAAUGCGGGGGCGAUCGUGUUGUAGCAUUGUCUCUCAGCGUUGCUAGUGAAACAAUGCUCUUGCAGAAACGGUUUAGACAUGCUGUGUCGUUAAACUGUUCAGUAUUCACUUUGUUACCAAACCCACAAGAUUUCCCCCAAACAUAUGGCUCGGACUUGCUAUAGACGACUCUGUUUCCGUCAGACGUGUUCACGUGACUCGCCCGCAGUGGAUUAUUACGUUUACACUGUGGAUGAACGCAAGACCGCCUCACGACCCUGUGGACUGACCCCAGUACAUCCACAACAACAGACCCCAAAUCUUUAAUAUCCAGAAAGCUAUCUAAAUAUAUAGUAUAUAUGAAAAUGUAUUUAUUGAGAUUUAAGUAAGUUAUUGUUAUUUAUUGCAAUCCAUCGUAUAAGAGUGUUUGUUUGUGUUUUUUCGUAUUUAUUUAAAGAAGGUUCGUGUUCUCUGUCUUGGAUGGUGCCAAAUUUGAGCAUGUUCACCCAACAAUGAACAUUUUGUCAUUAUUUACUCACCCUUGUGUUGUUCAAAAUGGCUUUCUUUCUGCCGUGAAACAUAAAUGAGAUGUUUGACAGAAUGCAUGAGCUGCGCUUUUUUUCAUACAAUAAAAGUGGAUGGGGAUUUACAUGGUCAAGCUCUGAAAAGAACAUAAAGCACCGUGUUAGUAUCAUAAAAGUAGUUUGUGUGAGGAACAGACCCAAUUUUAAGGUAUUAUUCACUGAUCUUACCGUACGCCGCAGCUGAUGAUUCCUCACAUAAAGCUAUUGGAUGUUUUUUGAAGACUCAAUAAUGUAGCACACAUAGAAUGGGCUAUUUUUGUGAUAUAUGGUGCUUUUUUUGCCAUUUUUGGAGUCAGACACCAUCUAUUUUUAAUGGAAAAGUUCAGACAUUCUGCCUUUAGAUCUCCAUUUUUGUUUCAUAGAUUAAAAGAAGAAAAAAACAAUUUGCGGUUGAUGCGACAUGAGGGUGACAACAUGAUAAACAAAAUGUUCUUUUAAAGGAAUAUUCCGGGUUCAAUGCACGUUAAGCUCAAUCAGCAGCAUUUGUGGCAUAAUGUUGAUUACAACAAAAUUGUAUUUCGACUCGUCCCUUCUUUUCUUUAAAAAAGCACAAAUGUGUGUUCCAGUGAGACACUUACAAUGGAAGUCAAUGGGGUCAAUCUGUAAACAUUAAAAUACUCACUGUUUCAAAAGUAUAGACACAAGACAUAAACAAUAUGUGUGUUAACAUGAUUUUACUGUCAUAAAAUCACUUACUAACCACAUCUGUGUGAAGUUAUAGACAAUUUUACAACUUCAUGGCAGUGACGACGUAAUGCCAUAAUCCCAAAAAACCCUGAAAUUACCAUAAAAAUGAUGAUUUAAACAACUUUACAGGUCAAAUAACACAAGUUUCAACUGAAGAAUUAAUGUAAGUGCUUUUAUAAAAUUAUAAGCUUCACAUUUCUGUCUUUAAACCCUCCAAAUAUUGGCCCCAUUGACUUCCAUUGUAAGUGUCUCACUGUAACCUCCAUUUUUGCUUAUUUAAAGCAAAAUAAUUUUUUUUGCUAAUCAACAUUAUGCCAAAAAUGCCGUCGACUGAGCUUAACUUGGAUUGAACCUGGAAUAUUCCUUUAAGGAAAAGCAGAUAAUAACAACCCAUCCGUCAGAUUUGGCCCUGCAGUUACUCACUUAGUGAUGGAAAUAUGCGUUUUCAUCCCCAGCAACACUAGACACCACUGUUGUUUCUAUAAAAAAAAUUGAGAAUAAGCAGGCAAUAUUGAGUGGACCAACUACUAUUUUGGAAAAUAAAAAGCUGAUGUUGUUUUGCAAAAGUGAAAAUCUUUAGUUAUGUCUCUUUCCAUCACUCAGUAAAACAAAUCAUUAAAAAAAAAAACUAAACAAAACGAAACCCCAUGAAGGUCUGUGCGAGACCAAUUGUUUACACAGACGAGAUUUGGUGGUUUGUUACUGGACCUCAAAUGGCUCGGUUCCAGUUAUCUCUUUAGAAUGCUGCCCGGCCUGAUGUGUUUAUAUCUCGCUGUAACGAAAUCAGUGCCAGAGAGAUACAGGGACCGACUGCGCUGAGCGGAGAAGCACAAAUGGAAGGCAUCCAUACUGUCUGAUCAGUCAAUUACGCUACAUGUGAUCUCUUUACACACGUUCACCUGUUGGUCAAUGUCUGGCAGCCUGGCGCUAUGAAAGCUGAACAGAUUCUACAAUUUAAUCUGUAAACUGCAGUAAACCUGCUGUGGUCAGCAAGACUCCCUGUUGUUUAAGACCAAUUAGGUCAAAUCUACUUUGUCUAGCCUAACUGAAUUUGAAGUAAACUUCUUAAUGGGAAACAACAAUCCAAGGCAAGAUUUUCGCUAGUGAUUUCAGAGCAAUCUGUGCACUCAGUUGUAAACACACGCUCUGAAACAGGCUACAACCAAAAGCAGUACGAGAGCUGUGUUUAUGUUCUGUUGGAAUUUCGUAGCUGAUACACACAAGCGAGUGUGCCUUUAUGUUUCUGUGCAUUAAAAUCCACAGUCAUCACUCACACGACAGAUACAGAGGAAGAAUUACGGCGUAAUCCACCGAGUAUACUGAACAAAUCCACCGAUUUCAAAAGUAUAUAUAUUUCAUCAGUUAAACCACCUUAAUCGAGAUUAACAUGGUUUUGCAUUGUAGAUGAAACCCAAAAGACACAUUUUCUUCCAUCUAAAACUCCUGUGUCCUGAUGGUUUGUAAGUGUCCUGUACUCAUAACUUUCCUUGAUUGAAAACAUUCAAGAUAUGAGCUCAAAUAUCUGCUGAGCAUCUUUUCCUGUCCUGCAGUGUGUUGUCGGUCCUGUGAGAAGUUUUUGUCUUGUGUUACUGAACCAAAGCUCU